AAGUUCUCCUGCGGAAGAAGGAGAAAGGAUCAAGGAAUGUCUGGUGUUGCAUGUAGCCCCGUUUGACCACCUCUUUUCGGCAUGGAUCUGAGCGGGGGAGCACGGCUGCUUGUCCUUGCAGUGGUCGGCUGUUGCUUUAGGGACGUUUGCGCGUACGGAGAGGAAGGCAGCGAGUUCACGUUCUUGUUGCAAGCCGGGAAAUCCGAUUGUUUCUUUCAGAGGGCAAUACAGAACGGUACGAUGGAGGUGGAAUAUCAGGUCAUAGGAGGUGCUGGUAUGGAUGUGGACUUUACUAUCCACUCUCCAGAGGGCACCUUGUUGGUCACAGAGUCCAGGCGCUCUGACGGAGUUCACGUGGUGGAGCCCACGGUGGAGGGGGACUAUCAAAUGUGCUUCGACAACAGCUUCAGCCGCUUAUCGGAGAAGAUGGUGUUCUUCGAGCUCUACGUGGCGGGUCAAGGCGGAGACGUGGGCGGCGACGAAGAGUGGGGCGGUGUCGAGGAGCUGGACGAAAACAUGCUGCAGUACAAGUUGCAGGACAUGCGGGAGUAUAUGGACUCUGUGCACAAGCGUCUGGAGCGUUGUCGACAAAUGCAGUCGGUGCUGCGAGCUUUUGAGGCGCGGGAUCGAAACCUCCUGGAGGAUAAUCUGUGGAGGGUCUCGUUCUGGUCGUGCGCCAGUUUACUGGUGAUGCUGUGCGUGGCCAUCACUCAGGUCUACACCGUGCGUAAACUGUUCGACGAUAAGCGGAGGGUGUGCACAUAGAAGUGAGACGAGACAAUACAGCUGUUGACAUUUCAUUUCAAAGGACUGCCGGCUGACAGUUCACCAUGAAGAACAAUUUAUUUCCUUAAGUGCCUUGUUGGUGUUAAAUGGCACCGCCAACUGAUGCAUUUCAAAAGGCACUGCAGGGUUAGUAAUUAAAGACGGUUCUUCCAGUUUACAAGUGAUAACUGUGCAAUAUUCUGGUUGGAUUUGUUUUUUCUCGCAGUGUUCUUUUAAUGUUUUUUUUUUUAAUGAGAUUAUUUCUACAUUGUGUGUGCAUGUUGCCAGCAUUGUGUUCUACAUCCCUCAAAUAUGCCAAGAUAUUUCGUAAUAUUAAUAUUGUGUUUCAUGCCUCGGCUCCGUCCUCAAUAUGAGAUGUUUUGUUUUUUCUGAUUACCGGUAUGUGUUUAUUUUUAAUCAGUGGCUUUCCUUGUCAAAAAUGAGUAAUUUACGUUUUUUUUUUCUAUAGGAGCUACUGCAUUGAUUUUAAAUUUGUAUAACGUUUUGUGAAUGUUGAGUUCAAUCAAGUCUUGUUGCAAAUCCAGUUAUUAAAAAAAAUAAAUUCACAAUAC